CUUGGAGAUAAAUUUUUCUAAUUUUCGUUAGAGUGAAGAAUACGGGGUGUGAGGAAUACAAGAAAUUUGUUUAAGUCUUUUGGGAAAAAUUUACUAGUUUUGAAGUCUAUAGGCUCUAUAUUGAAACAGAAGUGUUUCAGAAAAAUGGGAUAAAAAUAGGAUUCAUCAGGGGAGUUCUGAGUUAGGAAAUUUUUCAGAUGUAAGUCAUGAGUGAAAAGUGGGAAUGAAAAUAAGAAUAGAACUAAGAGGGGAGAGAUAAUUGAAAUACAUUGAAGUUUUUCUUGGUGUAGAAGUGUUUUGAGUAACAGAACUACAUUGGAGGUGAAUUUAUUUGAGGAGUGACUCAUAGACCGGAAAACAAAUUAUUCGAGAAUUUCUUGGAGAUUUUGUUCGUCAUCUUUCAAAAUGGAGACGUGCAGUAUGAGCGUCAUCAAGUACCUGCUCUUCUUCUUCAAUCUGAUAUUCGCUCUAUCGGGCUUGGUGCUUAUCAUAGUGGGAGUAAUGGUACUUUUGGACGUGGGCGAAUUCAGCCACUUUUUGGAAAGUAAAGUGUUGGCUCCGCCCAUUGUCAUGAUAGUGGCUGGUUGUAUAGUUUUCCUCAUCGCGUUCCUGGGAUGCUGUGGAGCCAUCAAGGAGAGCUAUUCCAUGCUUAUUGCGUUUGCAGUCCUACUAUUGGUGAUAUUCAUAGUAGAGAUGGCAGUGGGUAUAGCAGCUGGUAUGGCUAAGGAUGAAUUCAGCAAUGCAAUGAGAUCUUCACUGAAAAAAUCACUCAACAACUACACAAUCAAUGACGAGGACAGGAAAGCUUGGGACACAGUUCAGAGAAAGUUGCAAUGCUGCGGUGUGGACGGGCCACGUGGUUGGUUGACAGUGUUUCCCAACAACAAUGUGCCAGGCUCAUGUUGCAGAGAACCACCCGCGUCAGCCAACGCGUUCUGUCGCAACACUCUCGACGACAAGAUCAUUUUCCAAGAUGGCUGCUACCAGAAGCUCAAGAACAAGGUGAAGGACAAUAUUGUCCUCAUCAUGGGAGUCGGCAUUGGUAUUGCUUUCAUUGAGCUGGCAGGCAUAGUACUAGCCUGCUGUCUUGCCUCAGCAAUAAAGAAAGAGGAAGAAUUGAAACAAGUGACAGUGCUGCGAGUUUGGAACGAAAUAGAAGAAGACAACAAACGCUGGAGAGAGAUGGAAGAGGAGCGUCUGAGAAAUCAGAAAAAGGUGUCCACAUAGCGAUCGUGGUUCACACGGGCUUAGGACAGCGUGCUUCGUGCUUAUUCCGUGCUUCGUGUGCUGCUUCAACUUCGAUUCCAACUUUACACGUUAAAGCUGCAUUUACACCAAAGUUAUUAACAGAAUUUUAAUAACUUAAUCCUUAUAGAUUCUAUUAGAUUGAACGGAACUUGACAAACACAUAUGU